CCAUCAAAUAAGAAAGAGUAAAGAAGGAGAAACCAAACCAAAAAAAAAAAAUAAACAGACUUUUUGAAACAGAGACAAAAAAAAAAAAGCAAGUGAUGGGAACGGUGGCGAUUGAUUUACUGAAAAAGGAGAUUCCGGUGGAUGAAGAUGAGCCGUUGAUUCUCUCCGGUGAUGUUAACACCGGUCUCGUACUCGUUGAUAUCGUUAAUGGCUUUUGUACUGUUGGCGCUGGCAAUUUGGCUCCAGUGGCACCUGAUAAACAAAUUUCAGCAAUGGUUGAUGAGUCGGUUAAACUGGCAAAAGUUUUCUGUGAGAAGAAAUGGCCUAUUUAUGCUCUUCGUGAUUCUCAUCAUCCUGAUGUGCCUGAGCCACCUCAUCCCCCUCAUUGUAUCACUGGGACAGAUGAAUCUAAGUUGGUUCCUGCUCUGCAGUGGUUGGAAAAUGAACCAAAUGUGACAGUGCGAUGCAAGGAUUGUAUUGAUGGGUUCCUUGGAUCGAUCGAGAAAGAUGGAUCUAAUGUCUUUGUAAAUUGGGUGAAAGAUAAUGCGAUUAAAGCUAUAUUGGUUGUAGGGAUAUGCACGGACAUAUGCGUGCUUGAUUUUGUGUGUUCUACCUUAUCUGCAAGGAACCGUGGAUUUCUCUCCCCUCUGGAAGACGUGAUUGUAUAUUCCCGUGGCUGCGCUUCUUUUGAUCUUCCAGUCGAAAUUGCUAAAAAUAUAAAAGGCGCCUUAUCUCAUCCACAGGAGUUGAUGCAUCACAUAGGCCUUUACAUGGCCAAAGGAAGAGGAGCAAAAGUAGUUUCAGAAAUCUCAUUUGACUCGACGACCAAGGAGAUAUAGCUUUUUAACAAUGAGAUUUGGAUCCAUAUUUCACAUUUCAGAAGGAAACUGCUAUAUAGCUUUUUCUGACUUUACAAAGAGCUUCUUAGCUUGCUUAAUCUAUAUUAAGGUAUAGAAAGAUAAAUGUGUCCAUAGGCAACUUUCCUUGUUCAGUGGGAUGUGCAACUAAGUUCUCUUGUUUCAAAUCUACUAUUAUUUUCGCUAUAUUUUGUAAGAAGCACCUUCAGAAUCAUGAUGGGGAAAUAUUUUCAGUUUAUGUAAUCAACUACCAAGUGAAUAAGAGUACAUCUUGUAAAAUUGGCCUGCAUAUUGGCUAGAUUUACUGUUGCUAUGAA